CGGAACGAGAGGUGGCAAGAGGUGAAUCACAGCCAUGGCCGAACACCAAUCUACCUCUUUCACGAUGUCUCCCCCAAACUGGACAGACUUUCGCAACUACCUCAAUGUGACUGUUCCAGAACAUGUAGACAUUGCACGCGAUGUAUACCGACACGCCAUACCCGUCAUGCUCGGCGCCUGUCUCACGACCAUGCUUUUCAACCUGCUCAUUUUGGAAUCUGUGCACUGGGUACGACGAUCUCUCUCCCCUACGCUGUGCUUCAGCCUCAGUUUGUCUGUGGCGAACGCGUACGCGUCUCUGGUCGUGGGCGUCGGACUAAUCGUAAACAGCCUCCUCCCGACUGUUUACGACGUGGAACCAGGCCUGUGCAUCUCCUUAACCCUAGAAGCCUUCCGACUGACCGGGCUCAUUGCGUCUGUGUUACACUUGCUCGCGCUAGCUAUCAACCAUUACAUCGGCAUACUCCGACCGUUACACUACGCUGCAACCGUCACCAAGCGGACAGUGGGACUAGCGAUCGCUUCCAUGUGGCUACUCCCACUUGCGUUCUUCUUCAUCUACUUCUGCAGCGUACCAGGUCAGGGAUUUCAGUCACGAGACUGCCUCUACGACUUCAUCCUUUGCAGCCCGUUCCGUAUUACGCUCUCCGGAUUGUUCUUUUUCCCGUUGGUGAUGAUGACUUUGAUCUAUGGCCACAUCUUCAUUGUUGUCCGUCGACAUCAGCGCGGCGCUGGCAUCGCAGUGUCCCUCCCGGGUCAGCUUCGUCGCAGCAUCAAGGCAAUGGUCACGACGCUGCUGAUUCUAGGAACGUACCUGCUAGGAUGGGUGCCAGCGGUUAUCUUUUAUGUCCUCACGUGUUUAGACUGUGCACUACCUAUUAUAUCGUUGCCUCUGGAUGUGCGCCUGACGUUCGGUAUCCUCACCAACUCUUUGGUGCUUCUCAAGUCCCUGGCGGACCCUGUAAUCUAUGUUGUGCGAAUGCCGGAGAUCCAGAGCGCUUUUCGUCUUAUGUGGUUGUCUCGAUGUGGACUGCUGCAGCUGCCCCGUGCGGGAAGCGAAAUGACGAGAAUGCAGACCCGCAUGACGGAUACGAAACGCAGCUUCAACGGAAUAGGAAGCACGAAAUCGCGUAGCAAGAGAUAAGCGUCUACUCAAGGAGCGACACUUAUGCGUGGAGAAAAGAAAGCAAGGGUAUUCGCGACUCACCUUCUUUGGGGUCUAUCUGGGACAGUAAAUGCACAUAAUUUGCAAAUGCCAAUUUAGGGGCCAUUUUGGUGCGUUACGGUCACA